UAGCUAAACUCCGGGACUUUUUUGCAGGAGCCCCAGCGUCUCGGUCCACGGUUCGCUCUUCUCCCCCCUCCUCCAAGAUGGAGGCCUUAGGGGGCUACCCUACCAAGUCCUCCAGCCCGAAGGCGAAGACGUUGACGGUGCUGCUGAGCAUGACGGUCGGCGUCGGGUGUCUGUUCCUCCUGCAGACGCAGCUGAAGCCCAGGAGCCCAGCCGACUUCUACCAGUUCGAGGUGAAAGACGCGAAGGGGAGGACGGUGUCUCUGGAGAAGUACCGAGGGAAAGCGUCUCUGGUUGUAAACGUGGCGAGCCACAGCGAGCAGACGGAGGAGAACUACGUGUUCCUGCAGGAGCUCCACCGGGAGCUGGGCACCUCUCACUUCAACGUCCUGGCCUUCCCGUGCGGUCAGUUCGGGGACACUGAGUCCGGGACCAGCCGGGACAUCGAAGCCUUCGCCAAGGCCACCUACGGAGUCACCUUCCCGUUCUUCAGCAGGAUCAAAAUAAUGGGCUCGGAGGCGGACCCCGCCUUCAAAUUCCUCACGGAUUCGGUGCAGAAAACCCCCAAAUGGAACUUCUGGAAGUUCCUGGUGAAUCCAGAGGGGAAAGUGGUCCGGUUCUGGAGGACGGACGAGCCCGCCGAGAGCGUUCGACGUGAGGCCACGGCAUUGGUGCGAGAGAUCAUCCUGCAGAAACGGGUGGAGCUAUGAUGGAGAUACCGGACACAUCUGAGUGUGUGCACGUGUGUCUUCGUUGGCCUGUUUCCUGCUCUUUUUAACAGCAAGGAAAUGACUGAACUCUGAGGUGUUACAGCGAGUGUGGUUGGUUGGAACAUAGAGGAUGAAAAGCCCACUUCAAGCCAUUUACAGAGAGAGUGUGUGUGUGUGUGUGUGUGUGUGUGUGUGUGUGUGUGUGUGUGUGUGUGUGUGUGUGUGUGUGUGUGUGUGUGUGUGUUUGUGUUUGUGGGGACCAUCCUGCGGUUGAUAAUGACAAUCAUGAGGAACAUUCCUUAUCAUGACCACUGCUGAAGCCAUUGAAGUGUUGGAUUUUUUUUUUUUUAAAAACGUUCAGUUUGGCUUAAUCUGUUCUUUGUACCAUUUCUCUCUAAUGUUUACAUUAAAAUCAAUUUCUUACAGUGGAGCAUCAACCUUUGAGCCCAUUUUGACUGAUUUGUCAUGAUUUCUUGAUUUAGCUCAUGAACUCAGGAGGAUGUUUUUGUUCAGGUUUUAAGAGCUUGAAAUAUGCUUAGAGCGUCUUAAUUAACUGUUAACAGCAAUAUAAUUGUCUAAUUUUGCCAUUUGCGAUGAUUUCUAACACAGUUAUUUCAGCGUCAGUGUCACCUCUUGGUUUGAAUAUUUGAAAUGACU